AUGAGGGUCUGUCUAGCUGUCCCCUAGUCAGGCAGGCAGCCAUCCUCUCCAUCAGAGCCUUUAUCUCCUUGGAAGCUGCAGGGGCAGACAGAUCCAAAAGCACCUAAAAGGAUGGACAUUAGUGGGAUUCGGUCAUUUCCACUCCUAUUCCUCCACCAGAACCCCAUGAGGCUCCUGGCUUUCCUGAGUCUGCUGGCCCUAGUGCUGCAUGAGGCAGGGACAGCUUCACUCCCAGAGGAGAGGAAAAGAGAAGAGCAGAGCCCCGAGGAGGGAGACACUUACGCAUUUCUACAUAUGGGAGACUAUGCCUUGAACCUAGAGGACUACAGCGAAGUCAUUGACCUGAGCAGCUAUGAGGAACCUGCCGACAAUGGGGACCAGAUCUCUGAGGCUAAAGUGGACAGCCUGACUCUCCCAACAAGAACUAGCCCCUCCCAGAGCACCGUGGUUCCAAAGACAUCAUCAUCAAACCUCACAGUGACAGGGCCUACCAGCAGUGACCUACUGACCUCCCAGAGCAGUCGCGGCCUGCCUACCUGCCUGGCGUGUGUGUGCCUUGGCUCUUCCGUGUACUGUGAUGAUGCAGACCUGGACAUCCCUCCCCUUCCCCAGAUGACCACCUACCUGUAUGCUCGCUUCAAACACGUCAGCCACAUCCAGGCCGGAGACUUCAAAGGGCUGACAAACCUGAAGAGGAUUGACCUCUCCAGCAACUCCAUCUCCUCCAUCCACAACGAUGCCUUCCGCCUGCUGCCUGCGCUGCAGGAUCUGAUCCUCCCAGAGAACCAGCUGGCAGCUCUGCCUGUGCUGCCCAGUGGCAUUGAGUUCCUGGACAUCCGCCUGAAUCGGCUGCAGAGCUCGGGGAUACCGCCUGAGGCCUUUGUGGCGCUGGAGAAGCUUCAGUUUCUCUACCUGGCAGACAACCUGCUGGACUCGAUCCCUGGGCCUCUGCCCCUGAGCCUGCGUUCCCUGCACCUGCAGUCCUUCAUGAUCCACACCAUGGAAAGAGACACUUUCUGUGACACCAGGGAACACAGACACGAGCACCGGCGGCAGCUCGAAGACAUCCGCCUGGAUGGGAACCCCAUCGACCUGAGCCUUUUCCCAGAGGCCUAUUUCUGCCUGCCGAGGCUUCCUGUGGGCCGCUUCACCUAGAUGCCCACAGCCCUCUCUUCCCAGGUACCAUGCUCAGAGGUUCACUGAGCUAGUGCUCCCUCAUGUAAUAGUGGUCUGUAGUCUGAGUGCCAGGCAGCUGAGAGCCACAGCUGC